UUCUGGAAAAACACACAAAACUCGAUAUGUUUGAAAUAUUUGAGAGACCGCCGGCCGAUCCCACUCGGCUGUUUCUCUCCUCGAGUCCUUGGCCCAUGUUCAUUAUAGUUUUUACCUAUUUACUCUUUGUACUGAAGCUAGGACGCCAGUGGAUGGCCUUUCGGGAACCCUUUGAUCUGCGAGCCGUACUCAAGGUGUACAAUCUCAUACAAAUCGUGUACAACGGUGUGACUUUCACAGCGGGGAUUUACUAUCUGCUUGUGGUGAGUCCGCAUCAACUCAGCUGUCUAGCUAUAAUGCCCGAGGAGCAUCCCUUGAAGAACAUCGAGCGUCUGAUGUCUUAUGCGUACUAUAUCAACAAGUAUAUCGAUUUAUUGGACACCAUUUUCAUAGUGCUCCGCAAAAGCUAUAAGCAGAUAUCGUCGCUGCAUCUGAUCCAUCAUUUGUAUAUGCCCAUAACGGGUUACUUUGUGAUACGGUUCAAUGGCUAUGGAGGCCAUCCAAUUAUCACGGGCCUUCUCAAUCUCUUCGUACACGUUGUGAUGUAUAGCUACUACUAUAUCUCAUCGCAGAUACCGGCCAUCAAGAGGAGACUCUGGUGGAAGCAGUACAUUACCAUGCUGCAAAUGCUGCAGUUUGUGAUUAUCUUUGUGCACAGCAUUUGGACACUAAUGCAGCCCGGUUGUGAAGUAUCUCGGGUAUUAGCCUACACAGUUCUAGGCUCGUCAGCUACCAUGUUUACUAUGUUUACCAACUUCUACAUGCACGCCUACAUAUUGCCAAAAAGACAUCAACACGCUAAGCUGAAAUAGCCAUUUUUCUUCUGACUUAAUUGAAACGGAUCUCGAAUCGAUCGAAUUCUAAAUAGAUUUGCCACAAUUUCUUAGAACCUCGCACAUUUGUCCGAAAUUCAAGUGAUAUGUGUACUUUUAACUAUUAAAACAAAUAAU